AUGCCUCCCCCAAAGGUCGACACAGAGGCCCCUCCCGUCCCGGAAACCACCCCCUCCUCCCGCACCUCCGGCAGUUACGCCGGCGACGGCCGCGGGCCCGGUCCCACCAACACCAAAACCACCUCCACUCCCACCGGAGGAGGAGGAGGCCGCGCAUCGACCGCCGCCCUCCUCCGCAACCCCCUCGUCGGCCUCACGCACGAUGAGAUCCUCAAAGAUGCAGACACCUUCACCGAGGCAAAGGGCCUACAGGAGCACCGUGAGGUCUUUCGAAAGGGUGCCCUGGUCGCGCAGGUGAUUAACCGCCCCGACGGCUUCGAGUCCGUCGCAGCCCUCGACGAGGAGGAGAAAGCUGUUCUGCGAAAUGAAGUCUCGCAUCGCUGGCAUCAGCCCAUGUCACUCUACUUUUUGUGUGCUCUUUGUGCGGUCCAGGGUAUGGAUCAGACAGCCGUCAACGGCGCGCAGGAAUUCUACUACGAGACGUUCGGUCUCCAAGACGACCCAACAAUGCAGGGACUAGUCAACGGCGCGCCCUACCUCUGCUCCGCCCUCGUCGGGUGCUGGAGCUCCCCCAUCUUGAAUAAGUACACCGGCCGCCGCGGCACAAUCUUCAUCUCGUGCUUCAUGUCCGUUGUCACCGGCUUCUGGAUGGCUGCCGCAGAUAGCUGGUACAAUCUCCUCAUCGCACGCUUCUUUUUGGGUUUCGCAGUGGGCGCGAAGAGCAGCACGACACCCGUGUACUCUGCCGAGAGUACGCCCAAGACUAUCCGCGGUGCUUUGACGAUGAUGUGGCAGAUGUGGACAGCCUUUGGUAUCGCGCUGGGCUUCAUCGUAUCCGUCGCCUUCGCCAACACGGAUUUCCUCGGACCAAACACCCAAUGGCGUUGGAUGCUAGCAAGUACCUCCGUGCCGCCCCUUAUCGUCAUGGUACAGGCGGCCCGGGACAUGUACUACGCCCAUAAGCUCCUGGAAAUCGAGACAAAGGCCCGGAGCGGUCGCAACUGGAAGGACUUCUUCACCGUUCGGAGGAAUAGGCGCGCUGCGUUGUCUUCGUAUUUUGUCAUGUUUAUGCAACAAUUUUGCGGCAUCAACGCCAUGAUGUACUACUCCACAAACAUCUUCGAAACAUCCGGCUUCGACCGCUCAACAGCCCUCCUAACCUCAAUGGGAAUGGGCCUCAUCAACUGGCUCUUCGCCCUCCCAGCCUUCUACACAAUCGACACCUUCGGCCGCCGCAACCUCCUCCUCGUAACCUUCCCCCUAAUGUCCCUCUGCCUCUUCUUCACGGGCUUCUCCUUCUUCAUCCCCGAAGGAACAGGCCGCCUCGCCUGCGUCGCGACGGGGAUAUACCUCUUCGCAGCAGUCUACUCCCCCGGCGCGGGUCCCGUCCCCUUCACCUACAGCGCGGAAGCCUUCCCCUUGCACAUCCGCGACAUCGGCAUGUCUUCCGCUACUGCGGUGACGUGGGGUUUCAAUUUUAUCAUCAGCUUCACGUGGCCUCAGAUGAUUUCUUCGUUUGGGGUCACGGGCGCGUUUGUGUGGUAUGCGUGCUGGAACCUCGUCGGGUUCGUGGUGGCGUACUUCUUCCUGCCCGAGACAAAGGGUCUGACGCUCGAGGAACUCGAUAGCGUGUUUGACGUAAAGAGUCGCGAUCACGCUGGGUACUAUGCCUCCAAGAUGCCGUGGUACGCGAAGAAGUAUAUCCUACACAAGGAUGUCGAGCCAUUUCCUGCGCUGUAUGAGAUGGACGGUGAGGAUGAAAUGGGAUACCAUGGUGAGGGAGGAGGGCGGAAAGCUAGUGUUCAUCACGACGAGACAGGGCUUGUUACGGGACAAUCUACUGAGAAGUAG